GCCGCCGCCUCAAGGUGGCCUACGCGAUCUUCGUCACAGACCUGCAGAGCCGCGACUGGCAAGACGCGAUGGCCAUCAUGGCGCACGGCCUGCAGAAGGUCAAGGCCAAGAGCAGGCACGACGCGACCGCGCUGGUCCUGGCCCCCGAGAGGUUGCCCGACGAGGCGAAGGAGAUGCUCCUGUCCUUCGGCUUCGACAACGUCGAGAGGAG